AAAGUAAUCGUACGUAUAGGUUCCCACGCCGUUUAUUAAUUUCAGGUUUCGAAGCCUGAGAGGGGAAAGAAGAAAAAAGGACGGCAUUUUGUGUUGGGGGAGCUCGUAUUUUCUGAGUGGAGGGCGGUGGUGGAGAAGAAAAAGGAACAGUGUGAGCGUCUUCUUCCGCGUCGUUGAGAUAGCGCACAUCUUUUCUUCUUUGAGAUGUAUUAUGCUUUUUGUAAGUGUCGGAACUGAUCUGUUUGACUGUUUGUCAAGCUAAUCCUCCAAGUUUUUUUUUUUCUUUCUGCGGAUUUCGUGGAUCAUUCUAAUAAUCCCUCCCGCGUUCAAUUCCUUUUAUUUAUUCGUUUGAUCUUUUUAUUAGUUAAGCCCGAGCUAACUGCUAGUUCGAAGAGGCGAAGAUUAAAGAGGGAGAUUUUUGUAAAAUUCUAUAAGCAGUUUUUGGAUUAUUCACUUGCUUCCUUCAUCCUGGAAAGUGAGUGUUUUUUUCCUGGUAAAUCCCUUGCUCAAAGGAUGUUGCCGCUCGAAGAACUGAUUUAAAAUCAGAUACAUCUGAAGAGGGCAAUUUAAUACUAGAAGCAAAAAUAGACGUGAUGGACUUUCUGCUGCUUGGACUAGAAGAACCACCUAUUGAACGAAGAACUGGUUUGCGUAGGGAACAAGCAGGCCGAGGUUCCUACCGAGCGAGCUAGUGAGGCAGGGUGGUUGGUCUUGUUUCUUGAACUUAUAAUACUUUUGACUUUGGAAUAUAGUUACUAAGGCCUAAGGGCUUAUGGGGUCUGCCACUGCGUUGAAUCAGUUGCUUAGGAAUCUUUGCCACCGCUCUAUGUGGAAAUAUGCUAUUCUUUGGAAGUUUCGAGAUGAGAACCACAUGCUAUUGACAUGCGAAGAUUCUUAUGCUAUUGAUAAAAAGUUAGACAUUGCUAUGGAACAUGCUCAAUACAAAGAAUUCAACAGCUAUCAUCCAUUUGGCAGUGAAGCUAUCGGUCAAAAUGGAAAUAUUCCUGCCUGUUCCAUUUUAGUGGCAGUUUUCAACAUGACACGAUUCUCAUACUUACUUGGAGAAGGCAGGAUUGUUGGCAAGGUGGCAUCCAUGGAGAGGCAUCAGUGGAUUUGUGUUGGAGAGAUGAACUCUGAGCUACUUUUAGAGUAUCCAGAAGAGUUAGGACUUCAGGUUACGGCAGGAAUCAAGACAAUUCUACUUCUACCCGUGCUUCCUCUUGGACUUUUGCAGCUUGGGUCAGUGGAUAAGCUAUCCGAAGAUUUGACUAUGGUGGCUCAACUCAAGGAAUUUUUUUGUGCCUAUCAGAACGCUUUAGAUUCAAAUUCUACAUUUGAUCUGAGAAUGGGGCAAAUCGAAUCUUACAUGGCAUUGAACCGACCUCUUCUAGAGAAAUAUUCCACUUGCUUGGAAAUAAACACUAACUUGACUGAUCUAAUACAAGCCCAACCAUUUCUGGCGCCUGAUUUGGCAACCCUUUGCUUUGAUGAAGUGGCAUCUGUCCGUUUACCUCAUCCCAUGGUUCAAUCCUAUGAUCCAUUUACUCAAGUUGGUUUUCAUCAGGCUCAUGGACUUGGUAUUGAUCGUUUAGAUGAAAUAAGUGGGAAUGCUAUGUACAUUGAGCUUUUUCAAGAUCAUUCAGAGGAGCAGGUUAUCCUUAAUACAUCAACCCUUUCUGGACGGACAAUGGAAAGUGAUCGGUUGCCUACUCAUCAUGAGGAAGUUAAAACGAUUCCAGUCAUUAGGCAGGGGUUGACUUUGAAAAGUCCUACAAUGUUUGAUGCUUACAUGAAAGUUCAGCAGUGCGAUGAUUUUUGUGAUUUUGACAAGGUCAAUCUUAAAUUUGCGCAUGAGUUUGAUGUAGUUACCAAUUCCACAACAGAGAGCAGAAAUCUAGACUUUUCUGUUGAAUCUGGGCUUCACAAAGUAAUGGGGCAAAAUUGCUUAAUGGGUUGGAACAACAGUGCAUGGGUGGAAAUGCUAUCAAUAGAGGGGGUAGGGAGCGAACUAAUUACUAGUUUUAAAGCAGAAGUGCCUGAAAUAAUUGUAUACUCGGUUGAAGAACCUUGUGUCGUGGAUGAAAACAGAACAGAAUAUUUAGCACAGAUCUCAAUGGUUGAGCUAGCUAGUGUUUCAGACGACAAGGAAUUGGAUUCAUGUGAAUGCUGUAAAUCUCGCUGUAGUUCAUCUGGAAGAUGCAGCGAGUCUUGUUUAACACAAUGCAAAACUGAAGAUGUGUCUAAUUCUGAAGAUUCUGGUUUGGUUGGUCAUAAAAUGCCCUCAUUAAUUCCAGACUCUGAAGGUACAAGCUAUUGCACUACUUGUCCGGAAAGGAGCUCUGUUCAUAUGGCACUAAAAAAUGAAGAUCAUGAGAACAUUGUAUGCGGAUCUUGGAGAAGUUGCUUAGAUGAAUCACAUGGUAGCAACAGACAAGUGAAAAAUAGAGACCCUCACAGACCAAGGCCCCGGGACAGGCAGUUGAUUCAAGAUCGCAUUAGAGAGCUCAGGGAGUUGAUCCCUAAUGCAUCAAAGUGCAGCAUUGAUGCGCUUCUGGAGCAGACAGUAAAGCACAUGAUUUUCCUUCAAAGUGUUCCUACCCAUGCUGAUAAGCUGAGCCAAUCUACAAGGUCAAAGGUUGGAGAGAAGGAUUUGAACUUCCAUGGGACCCAGGUGACCGAAAAUGGGGCAAGUUGGGCAUGUAAGGUGGGAACUACAUGGAAGCCAUUUCCUCUGGUUGUUGAGAAUCUUGACCAGCCAGAUCAAAUGCUUGUAGAGAUGCAAUGUAGGAACCAUGGGCUCUUCCUAGAUAUAGCGCAGGCAAUUAAACGUCUUGGACUGACCAUACUGAGGGGCAUUUUGGAAAGCCGGUUAGAGCAACUCUGGGCGCAUUUCAUCAUCGAGAUUCCUAAAGGCUUCCAGCGCAUGGAUAUAGUAUGGCCGUUGAUGCAGUUGCUGCAGCUCAACUUUUAAUUGCAUAUUGGUGUUAAAACACCACUAAAUCCUAGCUUUAUUUGUAACUCUAUGUUAAUAGAGUUUGUGUUCGGAUUAUAAGCCAAACUAGUAAUAAUUAUUUGGCCAAGAAUGUAUGAAUUGUGUAAAAAUGGUCGUUUGUAUGUAGGUGUAGUUUUUAACACCUUCAUUUGUAUGGAUGGAUCAUGUGUUGUAAUAUCUAAAUUAUCGUGUGAUAUAAUAUCUAAAUUAUCAUGUGAAAUAUUCAAUUCA